CACGCUAUUCGGACUUGUAAAGGAAUACCAUGUUUUCAGUAGUUGUCUCUGCGUGUCUGCUAGCAUGCCUAGCGCAAGCCCAUCCAACGUACUAUCGUCCCUUUUACCACGAACGCUCGCAUUACAUAGAGGAAAACAGAGGAGACAAAAAUGGCUUUAGAGAAUAUGACCAAGGGUCCAAUAAUCAACGCCAUAAAUUACAAGCAUCUCAUGGUGCCAGCGAGCAUGAGGAUGGGCAAUCUCAUUCCUUACGAGAUCGCAUCAAAAAGAACAAAUACGAUGAAGCUGCCCAUGAUUCAAAGCAUUCUUCGGGGGGAAAGGAAGAGCAUGUCAAGAAAUCCCACGAUAAAGGAUUUUAUGAAAAAGAAAAGCAUUAUGGUUAUGAAAAAUCAUAUGGCUAUGAACGUGAAACCAAGUCCCAUGAUAAAGGGUCAAUCUCCCAAGGUCACAAAAGUGGCUAUGAGCAGAACGAAAGCAAGGGGAACCGUAAAACGGGUGAACAGUUCUUGCGAGAUCUGGCCGAAGACGCCAAGAAGUUUAAUCGUGGAUCCCAGUCUCAUGGAAGCAAAGGCGAAAUCCAUGAAUCGUCUUCUCACCACAGUAUAGGUAAAGAGAUUGAAUCCGAACUGGACGCUGAGUUCAGAAGGCCGCACUUUCAAUUUGCAAAGCGAUCGGGACCUAUUUCAGGCUUUGCCCCAAAUUUUGUCCCAAGACAGUAUAUGUUUGGGAUGGAUGAUUCUUUUCAAAGAUUCAGGCUUUUGAGUGGGAUUCAUGGAUUAGGUGGAAUCCGGGUAAACGCUCUGGGUUUUGGAUACAAUCCAUUGCGAUACAAGCUCCUGGAAGACCACAUGGAUAGCAAAAUAGUGCCGUUAAGUGAACUGCAUUUUGACAUAGAACAUCCUGCAAGCAGAGUACUGUACUUUGAUCAUGAUCUAUAAAUCUUUUUUUUUUUCAUUUUGGAUAACAAACUCUUUCUGAUUAUAGAAGCCUAAAGAAGAUUCAUUUCAAUCUAUUUAUUAUUGUAAUAUGAAGCUCAUUAUACAUAAAUUUCUGCACAUAAGCACAUUGUAAUAGAAAGAUUUAAAUCAAAUGAACAGAUUUGCGGAGACACUAUAUAGAAAGAUCUUCGUAUUUUUUAAACGAUAUCAAUUCUUACAAAACCUUUAAAUCAGAUAAUUUAAUAGAGGCAGCUUUAUUUUCCGUAUUAUUUAUUGUAAUUUUAACAUCGUAAUCGAUGUUCCUUUCACUUUGUAUUGAAAAAUAAGUGCAUAUUAACGUCCAUCUAUAAUUAUGCGUUCAUCAAUUCAUAUAAAAGCAAUCAUUUUUAGA